UGUCGGUGAAGUUCCGGUGAAGUUGAUUAUGACACGCGCCGACGCACACCACACCACUUCGCUUCCUCUACCCAGUACUCGCGAACAGGCGAGGCACCCUGACAGUCUCCAGACGGGUGAGAGGCGAUCUUGGCGAUAGGUUCAGGGGCUGGAGUUCGAAUGCCAAAAGACAAACACCGUCGCUCUUGCAGCAAGAAGUCGGGCCGCUCCGCGGCGAAAAACAACAGAAACAACGGCACCGAAGAUAGGCGGGGCCCUGCGCUCGGUCGGCUUCGAAUCCCCGAUGAGCCGCCCACGCUUCCGCCGCGGGACGUUAGCAAGGCGGGCAGCAAGAGAGAGGUCCUCGCGGACAUCGCGAAGAGGAUCCCGGUGGAGUUAAUGCGGGAAUACUUCAAUUAUCCCUUGCGGGUGUCGGCGGAGGCGAUGCAUAUCUCGGUCACGACGCUGAAGCGGCUGUGUCGGAGACACGGCGUCAAGCGUUGGCCCCACCGCCAAAUAAGCGGCUUAAACAGGGCCCUUGGCGACCUGGAGGCGCAGCACGACGCGGCGAGAGGAGAGGAGGAAAUUGCGGCUGUGGAGGAGGAGCUCCGGCAGUUACACAGGCGUCGGGAGGUCAUCAUAGAGCGGGCGUUCGAGAGCGACGACGAGUCGACCCGCGACAAGGACUGCGCUCACCUUUCGCCCGGCGUCCGCCGCAAACGAAGCGGCAGCGGCAACCGCGGCGGCGGUGGCGGCGAUAGCGUAAGUUCUUCCUCCGAAGAUGAAGGCGAAGAGGAGGAGAAAGGGAAGGGGAGAGGGGGGCGGAGCAGUAGCAGCAGCAGCAGCAGCAGCAGCAGCAGCAGCAGCGGCAGCGGCAGCGCUAGUAGUGGCGGAUCCUCCUGCUCAGGCGGCGGCAGCGGCGGCUCUUCGGCCUUGUCGGGCUCGUACAACUCCCGCUGUCGUUCUCUCUCGCGCAGCCGCUCACGCAGCCGCUCGCGGCCGAGAACUCGCUCGCCACCGGAGCCGAUGGACCCCGGCAACAGACGUAUGCCAGGGGCGUGGUGGAACGGCCUGUCGCUACCCCCUGCGCCCCCGCUAUCGGCUGCCUUGAUUAGCGGCAGCAGCAACGGCAACAGCAGCGGCAGCGGUAGCAGUGGUUGUUGCGGCGGGGGCAUACCCAGCGGCGCCGGCAAGCAGCCGCGCCGGCAUAGCAUCUGUUCCGGGUGCGGCUCCAGGGCAAGCGGCAGCGAGCGGCCCUUCCCUCAGCCUUUGACGGCGGGGGUCUUCGACAGCAUCCAGCCGCCGAGAAACGCGGUCAUGGUGGGCACCCCCCAACCCUACCGUGGCCGGAGCACCAGCGUUAGCGACCUUCCCCGGGCGCACAGGGUCUCCAGCGGGACGAGCUCGGCGUCCGGCCACAGCAACAGCGGCGGCGGUAGCGGCGGCGGUGGCGGAGCCAGCGGCUUCGGUGGUCCUUUGAUGACCCCGUUCGCCAGCGGCGGCCUCGCCGGCGCAGGAGGAACCAUGUACGGGCUGGGACCCCAGUGCAGCCAACAGAGGCACGACCUCGCCGUCAUCGGGAACCUGCUGUUCGGCCCCGACGACGCUGCCGCCGCCGCCGCCGCCUCUCUGGCCAGGGCCGAGAACUUGCUGAAAGCGGCGUCGGGCGGGGCGGCGGCUCGGGACGAAGGCAAGGGCGGCGGAGCCUCGCGGCAUCAUCAUCGCCGCAGGAGCAAACCCGCCGGCGGCGGCGGCGGAGGUGGCUCGCCUCGAGCCAAGGAACUCUCGAGCAGCGCGACGUUUUUGCCGUCAAGACCACCCCGAGCGGCGCACGCUGGCGGCGGCGGCGGGGCGGGAAGCGGUGCUGCUGUGGUCGUCGACAACCGUUCCAGCAUCAGCAGCAGCAGCGUCAGCAGCAGCGCCAGCGUUCAGCUCGCGCACGGGAACAAGCAGCAGCCGACCGACGAUCCCGCCGUGAUGGGGGACCUCCUGUUCGGCCACACGGAGGCCGCCGCGGCUGCCGCUUCAAACCUCUCCCAGAACAUGCUCAAGCCACCGCGCCACCACAAUAGCAACCGCCUGGAAAGACUCUUCCCGCCCGCCGCUGCCGCCGCCCCCGCUGGGCAGCCACAGCUCGGGGCGCAGGCAGUUCGACGAGUCUCAAUGUGCCCGCCUCCGGCGUACGGAGAGGCACCAUUACCGGGAUCCGUGUCUCCGACUACUUCCUACGAGCAUGGGUUCGCGGCCGGAUUGGCGUCGGCGUCUGGCUGGGCGGGAAGUCAGCCCGGUGGAGACAGCAGCUGGGCGGGAAAUCAGGCAGGUGGGGACGGUAACUGGGCGGGAAAUCAGGCAGGUGCUGACGGACGCUGGGCGGAAAAGCAGCCAGGCGGCGACAGCAACGACCUCGACGGGCUCGAUUCGCUCUAGGUGCGUGCGCGCUGGGUGGCGCAAGCACGGGAUGUGGUGUGACAUUGCCUGAGUGCGCACCGUCAGCUAGGGGAGGAAAGGGGAGUAGGGCUGACAGAGAGACGGGGGGAGGAGGGAGUAGUAUGCGGCCGACUGCUGCAAGAAACGAAAUACAUCGGCCCCGUUCCGGGCCAUGCAGGGCUCGGUCCCCUCUUGUGUGUGUCGUGAUAUGGUGUGCCGGGUAGCUGUUUUCACCGCUUGUCUACGCGGUCGCCCCCUCCAGCCGUCGUCGCUUGUCUCUUUUGCGGCGUGGUUCCUACACGCGAAGUUCUUCUUCGUUUUUUCUUCUUCAUCCUGUUCAAUCGUGACGACAGUACAUUGAUUCGACCGUGGACAAACUGGAGGUUGGUUGUCCGCUGUUCAGUGCCUCUCCGUUAGAAAGGAGCGUUGUUAUUGGUGUUAGGGUUUCGCUGUUUUAGUCAUUAUUUUAAGAUUGGCUUAUGUUAGAAAUCCUCGUACUUGUUGCUGUCAAAUGAGUGGUUUGCAUUGUAGUAGCGUGCUUACGUCAGCGUCUUUGCUCGCGUCAACAGCUUGUAGUCUUCAGAGUAGGUGUCCCUGUGUGCGUGUUUGUUGUCUGAGUCGUAGAUGGUGGUUUGAGGAAGUGCUGGUACCGUCCGCUUGUGAUGCGUUUGGGUGAACCGGAAAUAGCAACUCGACCUUUGGUCCUCUUGGGAGCGCUCGACAUUGAUUUUUGGGACUGCUCUUCACGGGCUGCCUUUGGUCUGUCUCAAAAUCCCCCUGUUGUUGUAUUUUUCGUUUUUGUCCUUGAUGUUGUGAUUGCAAUCAAGAAGAAGGAAGUCCUGUAGAAAACCUGUCGGUAUUGUUAUUGAAAUAAGCGCCACUACGCGUAGCUGCUACGUGUUGCUGCCGCUUCCCCCAUAGAAUCAAUAAAGAGAAAAAGAGAAACGUCGACGAGAAGGGGAGAUUUUAUUUUGUGGGAAGUCUUCGUGGCGAGCGCAGACAAGGGGGCGUACGGUUACUUGCUUUUUCUCGCGACGUGUUCAGGUAUUCCGCGUGGGAGGGAAUAGAUAACGCGCUCGGAACCCGUUUGUUCAUUGAUCUGCUCGCAUGGUGGUCUGGAAGGAGGAGAGGUUGGAUAUAUCUUGGGAGUUAGAGCAAGUCUUCGAUGUCGGGUAACACACAUUCUACGUGAAGGAGACACAUUGCUUUGCGAGAAUGUGCCGGCAUGGACAGACGAGAGAUAGAAGUGCGCCCUCCGCUUAAGAAGCAACGAACGGUGCGUUUGUUUCUGUUCUCCUGUGAUGGCGGGCUCUCGUUGUGUCAUUUGUUGACAGCACGUACGUUCGCGAGUCAAAUGGUCGCACUGACAUGUUGCUGGUGAUGUUUUCCCGAAAGAGACGAGACCCAAAUGCGGCCUAACAUGUAACAUUGAGUACCUGAUUGGUGGGCUGGUGGAAGCGCGGGGGGGUUGAAGGGACCGAAGCUGACCGCUUCAUAAACGGAGAUUAGAACCGGUGGGUUGAGGAAGGUUGACAAUGGGUGGCUACAUUCAUGUCUGCUCUUUGUUCCCCUAGAGGCAUGACCUCAACUUUUCCGAUGUGGAAACGAUGCGCCAAAAUAUUGUACUUAUUCAGCAGAAAAAUAUGUUUUUUUCAGGAACAAAAUUCACCUGAUGACCGCGUACAAUAUAUAGAAGAGCUACUGGUUAGUUGGUUGUUGACCUGUCCGAGCUUGAUUUGAUGCCACAGCGUUGGUUGCUGUUCCAUUGACGUUGAUGGGAUCUAGGGGCGACGGGCGGGGUGCAAACGGAGUACGGGUGUACCCCCCGUUUUCGGUAUUAAUCAUGGUGGUUGUUCUUGGAUUUCAGCCGUUCCGACGUUCGUUGAGCGCGAAGACUUUUGCAUGCAUUGCGGUAGUCGCUGUUUUUGUUUGUAUGGAUAGAUUGCGUCCGUGGGGAAGGAAGGGUGUGGGUGUGCACAAUCUCGACAGCACACCCCGGUAGUGGCGUUGGUCGUAGGGGCGUGUCUUGUUUUCCCCCCCAAGCCAAGCCGCAACGAUUUUGUAGUUUUCCCGACCACCAUCAACAGGCAUCGGUUAGUGUUCCGUAGAGUUUGUUGGGUUGCACUGGCGAAAAAGCACGACUUUCAAAUUGUCCCCGAGGGAAAGAAACACAGAAGAGGAAAAGGUCUGGGGACCUGUGGCGAUAACCGUCCCUUUUCACGUGACGACGUGGUCGGUGUCAGGAGCGCUAUUGAGAGCCAUCUCUCUGGAGUUGUUCAACAGCUGAUCAUGUCGCUGUUUUAGCCCCCCACGCCCCCUUCCUCCCUUGUUGCGAC